AUGUACGUGCCCAGCAGCAGUCUCCGGAUGAUACUGCAGCUUGACAUCGGUGCCGUCCUUGGCGGUAUCAUCACGCUUGUCCCAGUACUGCAGCUUCACAUCGGUACCGUCCUUGGCGGUAUCGUCGCGCUUGUCCCAGUACUGCAGCUUCACAUCGGUACCGUCCUUGGCGGUAUCGUCGCGCUUGUCCCAGUACUGCAGCUUCACAUCGGUGCCAUCCUUGGCGGUAUCAUCGCGCUUGUCCCAGUACUGCAGCUUCACAUCGGUGCCAUCCUUGGCGGUAUCAUCGCGCUUGUCCCAGUACUGCAGCUUCACAUCGGUACCGUCCUUGGCGGUAUCGUCGCGCUUGUCCCAGUACUGCAGCUUCACAUCGGUGCCAUCCUUGGCGGUAUCAUCGCGCUUGUCCCAGUACUGCAGCUUCACAUCGGUGCCAUCCUUGGCGGUAUCAUCGCGCUUGUCCCAGUACUGCAGCUUCACAUCGGUACCGUCCUUGGCGGUAUCGUCGCGCUUGUCCCAGUACUGCAGCUUCACAUCAGGGCCACCCUUUGUUACCUCGUUAGAAUCCUAUUUAAGGCACUUAGGACAUCCGUCUUGUCAGGGGGCUUAGGGGAUAAGUGUUGGUAG